UUUUAUGAUAGUACGAUGAAAGAUAAUUAUUUAUAGUUUUUUCCAAGCUAUAAGCGGAAGAGUGGACCGACGAAUGGUUAGCGCUCUGCAGUUACGCUCUUAUAACAAUUAGUGCAAGACCUGUUUGUUUAUUUCUUCCGAUUUUUACGCUUACUAUCGUAAUUAUUAUUUUGCUUAAAAACUAUUGCCUAAUAAUUUAGUGGAACCUAAUCCACGAUAGCGUGAUAAUGGAAUCAGUCGGAAGGUUAGAAGAAGAGGCUCUGAAACGAAAAGAACGUUUGAAAAACCUUAAACGGAAACAGGAGUCGACCGCCAAUGGUGAGUCCGAACAAACUACCGACGUGAUCCCCAGGCCAGUUUUUCGCAACUACCGUCCCGAGAGUGAAGAGAUUAAGGAAAACGCCCUGGAGGAAAUUAAACCGGCCGACGUUGAAGCGGAAGUGAGUUCCCAGCUGGAGAUGAUGCGUGCCCCGAUCGUCAUCGAGGAAAUUGACAUUGCGAACCUGGCUCCCAGGAAGCCAGACUGGGAUCUGAAGCGGGACGUUUCGAAGAAGCUGGAGAAACUCGAGCGGCGAACGCAGAAAGCCAUAGCCGAGCUGAUACGGGAUCGCCUGAAGGCCGGACAGGACGACAUCCUGCAGGCGGUGAAUGUAGCAUCCGCAGCGAUUGCUGCCGGAAGUAAGGUAGAUGACGACUAAGGUUUCUAUUUUAAUUAGGGUACAAUUUAACUAUAUUUAAAAGACUGUACAAUAAUGAGAAGAGUAUGUUCGGUUAUUCGAUUCGAUUGUGUGGCUUCAAAUAGCGGUUGGGCCACUGGGGGUUUAGCACCGAUGCAGGUUCCGUAUUCUGAUUGUGCGACACCUUGAUAAUCAUGUCAUUAAUUUCUACAAGAAGCAAUGUUAAUAUGUUUUACCAACAGUCUGUGGAGGAACUUA